AUGCGUUUGUCUCAGCUUCGUGCAUGGGAAGGGAAAUGGAUGGACAUAGAACCAUGUGCUGAGACUCUUGUGGUGAACAUAUGGGACUUGAUGCAAGCAUGGAGCAAGGGAAAGUUAAGGUCAUCUGAGCACAUGGGUGUUUUAAAGCGAUGCGUUAGCAGAUUCUCAUUGGCUUUCUUUUGGUGCUUUGAAGAUGAAAGUGUGAUUUAUGCCCCACAUGAAGUGGUAGGAGAAGGGAAUCUGAGGGUCUAUAAGCCAUUUAUUUGUGCAGAUUACUUGAAGUUCAGAGAAAGCAAUGAGGAAAGCAAGUUUGAGAAAGUUGGCUUCACUGUUAAAGAGUUUGCUGGAAAUACAGAUUCAACAUUUUUUAAAAUUAGUGUAUACGAAUAA